GUCACCUAUUUUCAUUCAUUUUCAUUUAGUACCUAUACUAGACUCGUUGAUCGGAGGAGAGUUGCGCUCUUGUGCAGCAAGUGUCGUUGAAGUGAACGCAACUGUCGAAUGUCUUUAAUUUUUUUUCUUUUCUUUAUUUGUCGGGGGUUUUAACACUUGAGACGUAAAUAUAAGGCUCUUGUUUUGUGACGAGUGAAAGGAGAGGCAUGACCACCGAGGAAAAGUUCGAUGCUGCUGUCAAUGUCAUCAGGAGUCUGCCUAAAAAUGGUGCUUAUCAACCGAGUCACGAGCUGCAGCUCCGUUUCUACGCAUAUUACAAACAGGCGACAGAAGGUCCCUGCCAGCAGUCGAAACCCGCCUUCUGGGAAGUAGUGAGAAAAGCGAAAUGGGACGCUUGGAUGAGACUCGGGAACAUGAGUCGUCAGGAGGCGAUGAACAAUUACGUCGAAGAAUUGAAGAAAAUCGUCGAGACUAUGUCCUACACCGACAAUGUCGCCACUUUCUUGGGUAGUUUGGACGCAUUCUACGAGAGUGUACCCGCUGAGGACCUUGAACUAUUGGUGGGACCAGUUAUUGAACGUAUAAGGUCACAACCAGGGUCUCCACUCUCGGGAUCUCCUCUAGGAUCGAGGGAAACAUCUCCUCAGAGAGUGAGAAACCCAUCGAGACAUAUAUCAAGCAGCUUGGAGACAAGUCCAGCGAGUAGUCACAGUGCGAGUCCUCUUCCACCAGACACAGAUGGUGAAGACGAGGAAUUCAAAGACACAGUCGAGGUCGCACCUGAGAGGACGGUUACAAAGUCUGCUGUGCAGAGCACUACGAAGGUCCCGAAUAGUCUAACGAAUGGGUAUAAGAGUGAUGUUGAGGAGACCAAGUGCAAUCAGGAUAGGGGACGCUCGAGGGAGAAGAAGGAUAAUGCCGAGUUUCUCAGUCAAAUUGCUGUUACCAUGCAGAAUCUUCAGAGGGAUUUGGACAGGAUAACUGGGAGGGUGAGGGGACUGGAGGGGAAGGCGUUGCAGGCAUUGGCACCGCAGCAUGAGCGACCAAGUGUUUAUCCCAAGUGGUGGCCACUGAGGGACUGCUCCCCUCGGAUAUUCGCACUGAUGAUCAUGUGGCCAUUCUUAGCCCAAGGUCUCGUAUCCCUGGUGCAACGCUAUCGUCAAAGAAAAAUGUGAUGUUCUUGAUAAAGAAGAGGAGAGAAAUUUCACAUAUAAAUUCUGCAGGAGUCUGCACGUGGGCCUAAAGGAACGCUUUAUCAUGUAUUUCUAGAAACUUUGAGCAUUCCGGAUGUCAAUCGGACCGAAUUUUGUCUGUGGCGUCCACAAGAGAAGUUCAUGGUGUUCAAAGUUCGAAAAUUCCAAAAAUUGUGGGAAUUGAUGCGAUAACGAAGUGGUAAAUUCUGAUGAAUUUUGAUAUUUUUGUUAAUUGUUGAAUGGCCUCGUGAACAAGAUAUUUCAGGAGACAAUGUCGAGUUUUGCAAAUAUUUUUUGACAUUCUCCCUUGGGCCCUUGGGCAUCGUCAGUUCCGUAAAAUAAAAAUCAUGAAUUACCAGAUCA